AUGAGUGCGGCCGGGGUCUCUGCUUUCGAGAAGGAGCAUCUCUGGAUGUAUCUCCAGGCGCUCGGCUUCGAGCCCGGCCCGGCCGCCGUGGCCUGCGGGAAGAUCGUGUCGCUCACGCACUUCGGACCGAACAUGUUUGACAAGCUGAACCGUGAUGCCUUUCAAAUAGUUUCUUAUUUUUUAUUUCAAACGCUGGACCAGUCUCUUAGCAAAGAAGUUUUCAAAUUUUGCUGGCCUCCAUUUGACCAAAAACGUGAUGCUGAAUUCCGGAAACAUUGCUGUGAAUGGUUAAAAAAGAUUUCUGCUGAAUGUGGAGGUAGCUUUCCUCAAGUCGUUGGCUCAUUAUUUAUUUCUCCUGGAGGACCGAAGUUUGUUCAUCUGAUGUACCAUUUUGCAAGAUAUGUUGCAUUGAAAUAUAUUAAGACCUGUUCUAAAAAUUCUUCAGUACAUUUAGCAGAUACAUUUAAUGUAAAACCACAAGAUUUGCAUAAGUGCAUUGCCAGAAACCACAUAGCACGAAACAAAUUUUUCCAAAUCUUGCAAAGACAAGAUUAUGUUAUCCGAAAAUAUCAGGAACAUGCACGAUUGAUGCUUAAGCAAAUAAGAGAUUUGAGAGCAGAAUGUUUAGAACUGCAAAACCACAUAAAACAAAUGGAACCCUGUGAUAACCAAGGUAAUCUACAAGAGAAAGUUCAGAAGGUUCGAUCAUGGUGGGCUUUAGUGAAUGAAACACUCGAGGUUUUGGAACAAGAGAGAGAAGUUGUUAGUUCAGUCCUUAGCCUUUCCAACCAGUACUCUUUAGAUGGAACUAAUGUUGCUAUUAAUAUCCCAAGACUUUUACUUGACAAAAUCGAAAAGCAAAUGUGUCAGUUGCACAUUGGAAACGUUUAUGAGUCUGGAAAACUGAACUUCUUAACAAUUAUUCAGCUAUUAAAUGAAGUCUUGAAAAUAAUGAAAAAUGAACAUUGUGAAGCUCACCAAGCAAAACCGACAAUAGACCUUCAAUACCUCGAAAAAGAGACCAGAUUUCAGAAAGAAAGAGUAUCAGAGCUGAAGCAUUUGAGGUAUAAAGUGAAAGAAGAUCUUGUAUCUAUAAGGCAUUCUAUUCUUGAGAAACAAGGAGAAUGGUGUAAGAAGUGGGAAGAAUUUCUUGGUGUGUCUCCAUUCAGUCUAAUUAAAAGUUCGACUCCGGCUGUGGAUCUUUUACCACCUAUGUCUCCACUUUCAUUUGAUCCUGCCUCAGAAGAAACAUAUGCAAAGAGUAUUCUGUUUAAGUACCCUGCUACCCUUCCAGGUUGCCCUGCUUCCUUUCUGUUGCAACCGGCUUCAUUAUUAGAUAAAAACAGUGUUACUCUUCCUGAAAAGGACUUGAAGAUGAGAACUCCCAGAGAGAAAAAGAAAAUCAUUACUAAGAAAACAUCACAAUGUGAAGUGAAAGACUCUCCGUCAGAUACUGCAAACAACACAGAGAACAGUACAGUUGAGCGGUCUCUGCCAGCCAGAAAAUGUGACCCAUUUCAAAAGGAGCAAGAUCAUCUGGUGGAAGAGGUUGCCAGGGCAGUUUUAUCUGAGUCACCAAAGCUCCCCGAAGGAAAAGAAGUACAAUUAGAAGUGUUAAUUGACUCCUUGGUUUCUAAUCCAUUUUUAGCAAGGAACCAACUUCCCCGAACUCCAGAAAACUUGAGUAAGUUAGUUAUGCUUUCUCUCCCUUGUUUUCUGUCUUUGAGAUUAACACUGUAG